UUCAAUGGCGUCUUCUUCACCAUCUCAGCCGGAUCUUCAGCUCCAACUUCAACCGGAGACCGAGUCUCAGAUGUCAUCUAUCGUCUAUGAGAUUUCACAACAAGUCCAGGGCGCAAUGGAGAACAUGUUGAAGAUGAUGAGCGAAAUUGAUGAUAACUCUGCCGGAAUAACCGAAGAGAUAGAGAAGUGCAAAGAGCAGAGUCUUGAGAAGAAGAGAGGCUUGGAGGAAGCCAAAGAACAAGUUGAGAAAGCUGCUUAUGCCGUUUUAGAGAUGCUCAACAACAGAGCAUAGAAUGUAAGUGCUGUUAUUGGAAGCUUAACAGACAUAAUUCAAUUUGUGUAUAGAGGGACACACAGUAGGAGCUGUUAGCAGUCUGAGACACUAAUGUGAAUUUAGUUCAAAAGACAUGCUUAAGUCAUCUGACUAUCAGUUUUGACAUCCUACAAUGCCAAGAGGUGCCCUUUGUUUUCUUUUCCUUUCUAUAUUUCUUGCAGUUCGUUCAUAGCUAGCCACUCAAUCACUGCGUUAUAACAUAGCCCUUAUCUUGCAUUGCAUGUUUUACUACAUUACAAGAAGUUCUUAAACUCCUGGGUCUUUCAUGUUUACCCGGAGAUUACUUCUUCAUGUUGAGAAAUUACAGUUAAAAUACCACAUAGGAACAUACCAGUUUCUGUAUGGAAGAGGCAACUUACCAUCCCCACUGUUUGUUAUCGGGGACCUUGAGAGUGGGUAAAUUGCAUCUUCCAUACAGGAGAGAUUCUGGACCCCGAAAUAAUGUAUUGAAUAGAUCAUAAUGAAGUGCUUAAAGAUACCUGUUCUGUG